AUGAGCAACAACGAUUUCACUUCAUAUCUAGAAUGCUUUGCUACUGUGAUUCCAAUGAUCAAUAAUAACAUCAAUCAAGAGGUGCCUAAACAUUCUCUCCCACCAUUAUCUCAAAUCAUCACAUCCAUGCCUUCAUACCAACCUUAUCCAACGCCUCAACAACAACAACUCCCAACCCAUCAACUCCAUCAAUCUGGUGUCGCUUCAUUUCAUCAACCAGAACCUGUGAAGAGGGAAGAUUUUUCACCAACAAUAGUUCCUCAACAACAUCAACAACCAAGAACUGCUGGUCCAGCUUCACCAAAAUACUCAUCUAAAGUUGUUGACAAAUGUACAUGUCGUAAUGAAGGUAAUCACAUUCCAAGACCAAGAAAUGCUUUUAUUUUAUUCCGUCAACAGCAUCAUCAAUCGGUUUUAGAUGAAGGUAAUGUUAUUCGUACCAACCCAGAUGUCUCUAGAGAAUUAGGUAAGAGAUGGAGAGAUUUAUCCCCAGAUGAAAAAGAUUACUGGAAUAAGUUGGCUGAAGAGGAAAAAAAGAGACAUGCUGAAAAAUACCCAGGUUAUAGAUACAUUCCAAGAAGAUUUGGUAAGAAGGGAAGUUGUCCAUUCUGUAAGAAUAAACAACAAAAGCAACAACAAACUGAACAACAACAAUCCACACCACCAACCUCAACUUCAACUACACCUGAUGAUGUUAGUAAAGCUUCAAGUUCAAGUGAAGAACAUGCCAUUGCUCAAAGUUUUUUAAGUUUAAGAAACCAACAACCUCAUCCAAAUUACAAUCCCGUUUACUAUCAACCUCACCCAUUAAAUAAUCAACCACAACCUGUUCAAUUUGUUCCAAAUACUUUCCAAUCUCCUGUGUUUUAUCAACCUCAACAUCAACCUCAAAUUCCAAUUCAAGCCCCAAUUCAACCUUUACAACCAGGUAAUACAAAUAACAGUAACUAUACAAUCAAUAGAUUACCUGAAUUAAAGAAAGUAAAUGUUGGUGUUAAAAAAGAACAAUCAGAAGAGUUAGAAAGUCCAUCAGAUAAAUCUAAGAUAUCAUUUGCAAAUAUUUUAAAUUAAGUUAUUUAGUAUGGACAAGACACCAAUGGAAUAUUGUGAUUUUGAAGUGUAUGAGUAAUAUUCUGUUAUGAGAAGGGCAUUGAAGUCACACGAGAAGAAAUAUUUGAAUAAUGAAGAGUUUCGAAUUUAUGUUUCUUGAAGAUGAAUUUAUGAAGUUUAUAGUUUAAGGGGUGCCACUGGUUUUCUUUGUUGAUAGGCCUAGUAUGUUGUCGUUUGGUUUGAAUUUUGUUUUAUAGUACUGCUCUAUGGGUGAUUACUUUGAAGAGUUUGUGUUAUUGGGUUUUUAUUAUUGCAUUUGAUGAGUUUUUUUGAGUCAUAGGUUAUUCAGUUUUGUAUAUGUUUAUAAUCCAAUAGAGA